AUGGAGGGUGGCCAGACCUCGUCGAAUCCCGCCCCCGCUGGGAACUCCAGCGACUUUGUUCGCAAACUGUAUAAGAUGCUGGAGGAUCCCUCCUACGCCUCUAUCGUACGCUGGGGAGAUGAAGGAGAUAGUUUCGUUGUUCUAGAGUGCGAAAAAUUCACAAAGACCAUCCUACCCAAACACUUCAAGCAUAGCAACUUUGCCAGUUUCGUGCGCCAACUCAACAAAUACGACUUCCACAAGGUCCGCCAAAACAACGAGGAGAACGGCCAGUCGCCGUAUGGUCAAAACGCAUGGGAGUUUAAACACCCCGAGUUCCGCGCCAACAGCAAGGAUUCCCUAGACAACAUUCGUCGAAAGGCCCCUGCUCCCCGCAAGCAGACCCAGACUACCGAUGAAUCCGUACCGACCCAACAGAUCGAUCUACUCAACCAGCAGAUUGUCGCCCAACAACAACAAAUCCAGCAUCUUUCCGAUCGCUAUGCUCAGCUCACGGUGGAUCAUCAGCUCAUGUUGCAAGAGGUGAUGCGGGUGCAGAAGACGGUCUUGAACCAUGAAAAUGUCAUUCACCAGGUCAUGACUUACUUGCUCUCGGUUGAUGCGCGCCAGAGGAGGGACAGCAAGGCUCUUUCCUUCCAGGCACAGGGCGGCGCUGCCAUGAGCCCGUCUCAGGUUGGAGCUGGGGAUGAUGAGCCAUCCUCGCCUCUGCAGCAGGCAUCGAAGCUGUUGAACGACAUGAACUCUGAGAUGCAGUUCAACCUGGCGGCCAUGGACCCGGCCACAGCAAAUGAUCCCCAAAAGGUUGGCGCAGUCCCGGUGGCUACGCCCGCCAUGGAUCCUGCGGCGCGCAACGGGGUUGCUGCAGUUGCCGCGGUCGCUCGUCCAGUGACUACCGCACCGCCUAACCCUGCUGCUCUGGUCUACCCCAAGAUGGGCGGCGACUUGGAACAAGUGGUUUACCCAGUGGGUGCCACCAACGGUAUCGAUCCGAUGUAUAGCGAGCACGUCAAUAACGUGCCGUAUCCUAUGCCCGCCAAGCCAGAGGUUGAUCCUGCAGAGGCUCGGCGGUACCAAGACAACGGUAACCGCAAGAAGACUACCAACGUCGACCCUGGCUGGGUGCGCAGUCCGCAAAUCUUGCUGGUCGAGGAUGACGCGACUUGUCGACAAAUUGGCGGCAAAUUCUUAUACUCUUUCAACUGUGUGGUUGACACUGCGUUCGACGGUCUUGAAGCUGUGAACAAGAUGCAAGGUGGUUCGAAGUACGAUCUGAUUCUCAUGGAUAUCAUCAUGCCAAACCUGGAUGGUGUAUCCGCCUGUCAUCUUAUCCGCCAAUUCGACCGCACGCCUAUCAUCGCCAUGACCUCCAACAUCCGUAGUGAUGAUAUUCAACUCUACUUCCAACAUGGUAUGGACGACGUUCUCCCUAAACCUUUCACCCGCAAGAGUCUUCUCGGUAUGCUAGAGAAGCAUUUGGUACACCUCAAGACUAUGGCGCAAGGCAUCGAGGCCGCCCCGCCCACCGCAGUAGCAGCAACAAUGGCGGCUCAAACAUCGGCCACGCAAUCAAUAAAAGAGGACAAUAGCUCCCCUGGUCAAUCCCCGGCUGGGUCAAUGAACAACUGGCAAUCACCGGGCCAGUUCCAUGGCAUGGCGCCGGUGCCACAACCUAUGCCUGCAGUUCCAGGACAAUUCGUGGCUGCCCCCGGCGCGCCACCGGGAGCAUAUACGGUGGACCAGAAUGGCGUACAAUUCCCUGCGCCACCCGCAGUGACCGUUCCCUCUAGUGGUGCCCCUCCUCGACCACAACAUCGUCGGCAAAUGUCUGAAAUGGCUAGUGUUACAGAAAACCCGAACGUCAAGCGACAACGCAUGUACCCCCAACCUCAACCGAUGAUGGCGGUACAAGCUGGGCGACCUGGUUAA